GGAGUGCCGCCCCUGCCUCGCAGUCGCAGUCGCGAUCAACGCCAGCCGCCAGGUUCGCCGCAGCUGCCCCCGUGGUGGCUAGCCCCAGUGCGCCGGCCGCGAGGCCCAGGCCUACCGCUCUCGAUGGGAGGCCGGCCAAGAUGCCGCGCAGCUCGUCUGGAGCUGGGCCGUCGGUCAGCUCCGCAGUUGCUGCAGACUCGGGAGCCGUCGGCCCUGCGGCGGGCGUCGACCCUUCCUCUGCAUCUGAGCCGCCGCGGAAGCGGAUGCAGCGAGUCGUUGUCGACUCUGACGAGGAGGACGAUGCAACCCCCGGCUUCCGAAGAAUCCCAAUGGCCGACGAGUGCGGUGUUAACGGCUGUCCAUUAGCCCGCGGGCACCCCGGUCCAUGCGCUAUUGAUCUUGGGCAAGGGCGCUCUGGUCGAGGGAAAGCGCCGGUGUCCUACGCGGAACCUGCCAACGAAUACGAAGGGACCCACCUUGGCGAUAUCCCUUUGAUGGUUGGAGCGGACAGGCCACCCGCGGGCGCACCGCCCAACCUGCCCCUGACCUCGCUGGUUCGCGGGGAUCGCGUGCGCUGCCGCAAGGGCAGCCACAAGGGAAAAUUCGGCGUGAUUGACAGCGUGAAGGACGGCAAGGUCAGGGUCAAGUUUGAUCCCAUACCCCCGUCUGCGACGGGAGAAGUAUCGAAAUUGCAGCUUGCGGAUAAAUUCGAGAAAAUGUAGAUUACUAGCACGUAGGAAGGUUUAGAAGUGCUCGACGCCUUUCCAGCAUGUGAAUGUACGAUGUAUCUAGAAAAUAUGAUCGUAUAGAGCCGUUC